CUCUCUCUCUAUAGUCUCCAAUAAUGGGUUCCAGAUCUUAUCUGCUCAUCUUCUCUUCUAGUUUGUUCUUCUCCAUUGCCAUCCUAACCCCGGCGUCGCCAACAACGUCGGCAUUAGACGUCGGUUUCUACCGAUACUCGUGUCCUGCGGUGGAGGCCAUCGUACGGCAGACUGUGAGCCAGGCCGUCGCGCAAGACCCCGGCCUCGCCGCCGGGCUCAUUCGGAUGCAUUUCCACGAUUGCUUCGUUAGGGGGUGCGAUGCUUCGGUGCUGCUGGACUCGACCCCCGGCAACCGCGCCGAGAAGGAUUCAGUGGCGAACAACCCGAGCCUGCGGGGCUUCCCGGUGAUCGACGCCGCGAAGGCCGCGGUGGAGGCCGCGUGCAGCCGCACCGUCUCCUGCGCCGACAUCCUCGCCUUCGCCGCCCGCGACGCCGCCUUCCUCGCUGGCGGUAUCGACUACCCCGUCCCUGCCGGCCGCCGCGACGGCCAGGUCUCCCGCGAGUCCGAAGUCCUCCCCAACAUCCCCCAUCCGUCCUUCGGCGCCCGUCAGCUCACCGCCAACUUUGCGAAGAAGGGACUCGCCCUCGACGACAUGGUCACGCUGUCCGGCGCGCACUCCAUCGGCCGAUCGCACUGCUCGUCGUUCGACAGUCGGCUGUACAACUUCACCACCAGCCGGCCGCAGGACCCGUCGAUGGACCCGGGAUUCGCCGCCUACCUGAAGACGAAGUGCCCGACUCUGACCACCCCCGGCAGCAGCGAUGCCACCGAUCCGACGGUGCCGCUUGACGCCGUGUCGCCGACGACGCUGGACAACCAGUACUACAAGAACGUGGUGGCGCACCGGGGGGUGUUGACGUCGGAUCAGACACUGGUGGCGAGCCCGGCAACGGCGGGGCUCGUGAGGUUCUACGCGGUGGAGCGGGCGGCUUGGGCUGCGAAAUUUGCGGCGGCCAUGGCGAAGAUGGGGUCCAUCGGGGUGCUCACCGGAGAGGAGGGGGAGAUCCGGGAGAAUUGCAGGGUUGUGAAUUGCUAAUUGAGGUUUUUUUGUAAUUAAUGAAAGAUUAAAUUAAUUUGCUCAAGUAAAAAAUGCUGCUGCAAAGUGUAUCAGCAGUGUUUAUUUAUUUAUUUUUUUAUUUAUGUUUCGUACGUUCUUGCCAUUCUUUACCUUUCAAUGAAGAGGCGAAAAAAUUGUAUUUGUUAAUAAAUGGUGCAAAGAAAUUGAACGUACUAGUUAGUGUGUUCA